GGUAACCUAUUCAUCUCUAACAUUGUAAGUAAGUGUUGCUUUGUUAGCAAUAAUAUGAUAAGUACAUUAAGGCUCUUACACAUUAUCCCCCGACACUAUAGUAUACUUAUUUUGUUCAUUUGCUCCCCUCAUAACUCAUAAACAAUGUUUUUUUAGAAUAAUAAUUUAGCGUACCUAUACUUACAUGAAAAUGUUAAUAGGAAAGUGUGAUCAUGAAGAAGACAAGAUUAAAUAAAAAUGAAAAUUAUUUAUUCAGAAUAGGUAACAUGUUACGCUCACUGAUAUUCAAAUUUUUUAAUUUGUAAGAUGAUGUGAUUGUGACAAUUAAUUACAUACUUAAAACAAAAGCGAUGAGGGUUCCAAACGCGCCCAAGUCUGAGAAGAGCCCACAACAAACUCAGCCUUUUAAGCCAGAUUAAAAACCAUCCUGCUUUAUACUGAAUUAUUAUUAUUGUCAGAUAUUAUCUGGUGAAUCUCAGCAUAUUGAUUUGUAUCAUCAUUCAUAAUAGAGCGAGUGAUAGUGUAAAGGGACCUUUACGGAAAUUUAAUGACAAAUCAUUUUUGCUUUAUUUAAACAAUCAAGCGAGAUGUUAAAGCAUCAUUGUGUUAUCCUGAAGCAAGGAAUCUGGUGGAUACUGAAAUGUCACGACAGAGUGCUGAAACGUUGUUCCCAUCAGAAGAUGAGUCGCCGCAGCAUUCGCCGCAGCCUGAGCCUGAAAAGAAAUCCAAGAAAAGGGCACAUGACAAAUUAAAAACCGGUGAACCAUCAAGUCCCACACCGACGCGUGUUGCGAAGAAAUCAAUGAAGUCCAUCAUCAAUCCCAUCGCACCGCCACCAAAAAAGAUCACUGCAUACGAUCUUUUCGGCACAGAUAGUGAAGAUGACGAGACUGAAGAGACCUCUACACCUACAGCAGCGGGUAAAAAAAUACAGCCUUUAGUUUCGUAUUUAACAAGAAGACUGGCUAACGGUCAUUCAAGACAAUCUUUCGAGGGUAAGACAGGAACGCACUUCAUUGACCUGAAAGUGUACCGGUGUGAUGAGGUCGAAAAUGUUCAGCCCGUAAAUAGAUGGCGUCAUGCCAUCAUAUGUGUUAAAAACCGCACGAAUGAAGAUACUGAGGCAUGGCGCCACUUAACAAACUUCAUCAUUGCGACACGAAAAGAGUAUAAAAAAUGCACUCCCACUUUUAUCAGCAACUAUUAUUAGAAAUUAUUCCACUACGUCACACAAUAUUCUUUUGAAAAAUUGUAUUGUCACAUAUGUUAUGAAAUUAAUAAACUUGUAUAAUGUUGUUGUUUUUUUUUACAGUCACCCCUGCACCAAAGCUAAGUCAGGUCAGCUUGGUGAGAUGUGAAAAUUGUCACGUUGAUAUACCUGAAAAUAGAUAUCAAUAUCACUUAAGAACUAAUUUACAUAAGUCGAAUUGUUUAUUGAAUACCAAAUAUAAUAACAUUGAAGUAAUUUCAACAGCUUUCAAAAAUAGAAUAAUAAGUUAUAAAUUAAGUCCUUUUGAGGAGUACCUCACACCCGAAUCGUUCCUAAUAGAUAACGAGAAAUAUGUUAUUAAAAUUAUAAACAACUCUUUGAAAAGAUUUCAAAGUGUUAAAUUAAACUUCGAGCUUUUUGUUUUCUUUUAUCUCUCUAAAACAGGAGAAAAACAGCUGAAGUCAUUUAACACAAAAUAUAGUAUCAUAUCUAAAGGUACUGAUGUUCAUGAAUUAUAUUUAAAAACAAUUAAUACGUUUGAAAAAAAAAUAUCUGAAUUUCAACAUCGCGAAUCUGGCUGGACUUGCGAAUCAAUGAGUCAUCUAGAAAUAAACAUAAAUAAGUAUUCUCCUUUCAGGGGUGGCUCUUACAUAGCUCUUCCGAGUGUAGUUAAAAAUACUAAAAGUUGCAUAAAUAUACGCAACAAUGACAAUCAUUGUUUUUUAUGGUCUAUAGUUGCUGCAUUAUUUCCACAAAAUAAUAAUGUUUGUAGAACUAGUUCGUAUCCACAUUACUCAGAAGUACUAAAUAUAGAU